GAUACCCUAAAAACUUGUUAAGUGGGUUUAUAAGAGAGAAAAAGGGAAAAAAGAAAAUCCCAGAACCAUGGUUUUUGAAGUAGCACCAAAGCUUCCUGUUCUUGACUUCAGCAAGGAAACUUUGAAGCCUGGUACAAGCUGUUGGCUCAAAGCCUGUGCUGAUGUUAGGCAGGCACUUGAAGAAUAUGGUUGUUUUGCAGUUGAGUACAAGAAAUUAUCUUUGGAGCUUCGCAAUGGAGUGUUUGGGGUCUUAAAGGAGUUGUUUGAUCUCCCCACUGAAGUCAAAAUGCAAAACAAAUGCCAAAGGCCCUUGGUUAGCUAUAUUGGACAUGAUGCUAGGAUUCCUCUCCAUGAGAGCAUGGGCAUUGAAGAUGCAGCAACUCUUGAGGCAGCUCAGAAAUUCACCAAUCUCAUGUGGCCUACUGGAAAUGAUCGGUUCUGUGAAUAUAUUCAUGCAUAUGGUAAGCUUGUGACAGAGCUGGAUCAAAUGGUGACAAGAAUGAUAUUUGAAAGCUAUGGUGUGGAGAAACACCAUGACUCUUAUGUUGACUCUACGUGUUAUGUCCUUCGACUCUUGAAAACUAGAGCACCCAAAGAAAAUGAGACUAAUUUAGGUUUGGGCACUCACACAGACACGAGCUUCACAACCAUACUUCAUCAGAAUCAAGUUAAUGGUUUGGAGGUAGACACCAAGGAUGGUAAGAUUAAUGUCGACUUUUCUCCCUCAUCCUUCGUCGUCAUGGCUGGUGAUGCCUUAAUGGCAUGGAGCAAUGAGAGAAUAAAAGCACCCAGGCACCAGGUGGUAAUGAACGGGAAGGUAGAUAGAUUCUCCAUGGGUCUUUUCACCUUCAACAAUGGAAUAUUACAGGCACCUGAAGAGCUGGUUGAUGAAGAAUACCCUCUCAAGUACAAGCCAUUAGAUCACCUGGGAUACCUUCAUUUCUUCCAGAAAACCAGGCGUCCUAUUAAAGACUAUUGUGGCAUUUGAAAUCCAUAUUACAAGUUUCAUAAGAUUCGUAUCUCACUAAAACUAAUAAACUCUUUAUAGACACUUGCAUCUCAUGUACUUUGUGACAAUUUUAUAAUAAAUGUUGUGAUCUAUGCAUUAUGUAAUGAAAUUAAAUAUUAAUUAAUUAGUAAAAUACUAUUUAUAUA